GCAAAGUACUAAAAAGAAGGAAAGAGAAGUACUUGAAAAUUUUGUUUAGAAAACCUCUGAUCUCUUAUUGGAAAUAAGGCUCUCUCUAUAUGCUUUAGUUCGAGCAUGGGUUUUUUCUAAAAAUGUAAAUAUUUCUCCAAAUAAUUUUGUCAGUUUUCGAUAGGAAGAUGGGCCACACCUUGCUCUUUGUUCCAACUCUACACUUUUUCAGUUUACUGCUCUGCUGUGGAAACAUUCAAGCAUGGCGACCGAUCCUGACUGUGUCUCCAUCAUGGCUCAGCCCUGAAGUCUUAGUCACUCUAAGCUGUAAGGUUAAAUAUCCAGCUCCUGAUUGGGUGUUCUACUGGUAUAAAGCUGUUCCUGAUCUAUAGAACAAUAACUAUAGAUAUAAGCCACUGCCUGACAGUAUCAAUGGGACUGUAGAGGACUCCUACAUCAUUCAUGGACAGAGACACACAGCAGGAUAUGCAUGUAGAGCUGGAAGAGCAAACCCAGAGAGUUUAACUGAUUACAGUGAACCAAAGUUUGUCUGGUCUGCAGGUCUUCUUCCAAAAGCAUCUCUCACUGUGAAACCUGACAGAAAGAAACUUUUCAUCUUAGAAUAUGUCCAAAUGAGCUGUCAGGGAAACUCAGCUGACUGGAGAGUGAGGAAGUUUGAAAUAACCGGAUUUUCAGCCUAUUUAUCAGUUUGCUCCAAUUGGGGAACGAUGACUGGAUCUUCAUGCAGAGUAAACAGUCGCUGGCCCAGUGAAGCCGUGUACUGGUGUGAGUCUGGAUCAGGAGAAUUCAGCAAUGCAGUCAACGUCACCUUACAUAAACCAGAGACAGUCCUUACUGUGUCUCCAUCAUGGCUGAGCCCUGGAGCCUCAGUAACUCUGAAAUGUACGGUGAAACCUCCAUCUGUAGAUUGGAGGUUCUUCUGGUAUAAAGCUGUUCCUGAUCGCUCCCAGGAGAACUACAGAUAUGAGCUGCUGGCUGACAGCAUCAGUGGGACUGUAGAGGACUCCUUCAUCAUUCAUGGACAGAGACACACAGCAGGAUAUGCAUGUAGAGCUCAAAGAGAAAACCCACAGUAUUCAACUGAUCAUAGUGAACCAAAGUUUGCCUGGUCGGCAGAUCCUCAUUCAGCAGCAUCUCUCACCCUGAGUCCUCACAAACUGAAGGUUUUCAGCAUAGAAAAUGUCCUGUUGAAUUGUAAAGGAAAUUCUGCUAAGUGGAGAGUUAGGAGGUUUGAAAAAACUGGAAUUUCAUUAUAUUUAUCUGACUGCUGCAGUUGGGGGACAAUGACUGGCUCUUUUUGCACCAUUAAAAGUCUUGAGUCCAGUAGAGCAGUGUACUGGUGUGAGUCUGAAACAGGACACUUCAGCAAUGCAGUCAACAUCACUGUACACAAACCAAAGGCUUCCCUGACUGUGUCUCCAUCAUGGCUGAGUCCUGGAGCCUCAGUUAAUCUGAGCUGUAAGGUUGAUCCUCCAUCUACAGGAUGGAGGUUCUACUGGUGUAAAGCUCUUCCUGAUCGAAAACACAGCUACUACAAAUAUGAGCUGCUGGCUGACAGCAUCAGUGGGACUGUAGAGGACUCCUACAUCAUUCGUGGACAGAGACACACAGCAGGAUAUGCAUGUAGAGCUGGAAUUGGAAACCCAGAGAUUUUAACUGAUUACGGUGAACCAGAAUUUGUCUGGUCUGCAGAUCCUCAUCCAGCAGUGUCUCUCACAGUGAGUCCUGACAGAGAGCAACACUUCACCUCUGAGUCUGUAACAGUGAACUGCAGAGAAAACUCUGCUGAGAGUAGAGUGAGGAUCUUAACAGCUCACUGGUCAAAUGUAUCAUACUGCACUGAGUGGGGGGAAAUGAAUGCACCCACAUGCAACAUAAGCAGUGACUGGCCCUAUAAAGCAGUGUACUGGUGUGAGUCGGAAUCAGGGGAGUUCAGCAACACAGUCAACAUCACUGUAGAAAAUGGAGAUGUUCUCCUGGUGAGCCCUGUCCAUCCUGUGACUGAGGGAGCUUCUGUUACUCUGAGCUGCAGACUCAGAGGACAAAAUACACUUUCCAAUGUGUUUUUCUAUCACAAUGACAAACUGGUCCAAAAUGACAGCAGAGGGGAGCUGAAGAUCUCUGCAGUGUCUCAGUCAGACGAAGGCUUCUACAAGUGUGAACAUUCAGGAAAAGCUUCACCACAGAGCUGGAUGGCAGUAAAAGGUGAGCAAAUGAAAAGCUCUUCAUUUCCUUUGCUGUUGGUUGUUGGAACAGUCAUCGGUGGGGUUUUUAUUAUAUUCCUGAUCCUUAUGUGUCGCCUCAAGCCGUUCAAAGGUUCUGAUUGUCUGAGAGCAUCUGAGGACCCUGCAGAUGAUCCACAUGAAUUCCAAAAUGUGACUUACACCCUCAUUUCUUUAAAGCAAUUGGAAAAUAAGAGGACUGCUGAUAAACCAGAGGGGGGCGCUGUUUACUCUCAGGUGAAGACAGGAGCUGCAGGAACUGACAGCAGCAGCAUUCAGUGCUUCCUCAGAUCAGGUAUUUCUGAAGCAAUGGGCAGGUCAAUUCCAGUUUCUGCAGCAAAUUUUGAUGACAUCAGUUGCAGAUAAUAAACACUUAGACACAUCUGAUGACUUCAAAGAUAUCUUGCUUCCUAUGCUGUCUUUUUGAGUUACAAGCUUUUCUUCUAGUGUUUGGGGAAAAGAAAAUAACUGUUUCAAAAUCUUUAUAGUCAUUUCAUUUUUCUGUUGAAUUUUUGUCCUUUUUUUCAGAAAAGUGAGUCUUGCAGAAGCAAAUGCAGCAGAUUAUUCUAAGGUAAAGGAUAGAUCAUGAGGAUAAUGCCUGAUGAUGGGUGCCAUGCAUAAAGGCAUUCUUUGGUCUCCAGUGAACUUUCAUUGAAACUUUUUAUUCUCUUUCAAGUUUGCAAGCACAGCUUUAUCAAUACUAUUGAAAAUAAGCAGUUUAUAAGUAGUAUGUUGUCCUGCUGUUAUAUUUAAAGUAGACUCAGAACUAUUAUAUUUUCCAUGUUUAUCUCUGCUUUUUUUUAACCUUCAAGGUUUUUGUCAUUAAUCUAAAACUAAUAAGCCUCUAUUAUCAUCUGUUUUUGAGAUUUCAAUGCUUAAGUGCAAUAUUAAAAGAAAACAUAAAACAUAAAGAAAACUAUGCUGUGGUGGAGAGGAGAUGCAGGGUCAGAGGUCAGCCUUAAAAAUGAAAUGAAAAUAUUAACAUUUAAGAAUUUAAAUAGCUAGGAUUACAUUUGGGGCAUGUCACAGGUCAUAGGGAGGGUCCCAUAUCCAAUAAUUACGUGUUGGGCCCAGCCAAGGCUUUCAACCAAUCUGAUGACAGAACAUCAGCAAUUCCCUCAUUCUCUUAGAGACCCGAGACUUUAGACAUUUUGUUGCCUCACAGUAUCUUUACCUGGUGAUUUACGCUUAAAGCACGGAUGUUAGUUGAAGAUUUUGACAAGAAAUUUUCAAGAAAAUGCAGACAAGAAGUCUCUAUAACAUUUUUGGUAAAAUUAUUGUUAUUUUUUUGUUUUUCUUCUCAUAACCUGAAAAAAAUAUCUUUUUUAUUUUCAGCUGGUUUGAAGACUGAGUGCAUUGUAAAAAGCCAGUGCUGAGCUUUUUAAGAAUAAUCAUGCAAAAAAAAUUGAAAACCUUUUUUGUUUGUUUUUAUAACCCAGUGUAUUGUGUAUAAAAUAAAAUAAAAAAUCAGAGAGGACUCUGCCUUGGAAAUAUGGUUUAUUUCAUUAUUUUUCAUUAUGUUUGAAGCAUCAUAUACCAAAUGGAAUUCCAACUGAUCACUGGAGCUACACCCAACAUGUGUGCUACUGCACAUUUGCAAAUCAUCUAAUUAACUAAUUAAUCAUCUGAUCCUCCCUGUAUAGUUGCCAUUUGUAUCUCUGCUUUUGUCUGCUUGAAUCCCAAUCAGCCUCUGCAGAUGGCCGCUCACACUGAGUCUGGUUCUGCUGGAGGUUUCUUCCUCU